CACAACACAUAUAGGUGUGUAGGGCAAGGACGGCGGAGAGAGAUGUCAUGUCGGACCGCCACCGCCCCCUCCCCAAGUCGGCCUACCGGACGGCUCUCACGCAGCAGCUCCUCCGCAAGCUGCACAAGGCGAUCAGCUUGCCGUCCCAGCGCGGAGAUUGUCUCAGGCAGCUCUUCACUGAUGUAGCUCUCGAAGUGGACGAUCGUGCAAAAGAACUCUUGUAUGGCCAAGAUGCUGAGCACCUGUUCGUGGGCAGGAAGUGCUUUUAUGAAGUCCUCGCGGAGCACUACGCGCAAAUCCCCGAGGAUGCCAAGCCCCUCCUUCCCUUGUUUGUACAGCUGUGGACCCAGUCGUUCGCAUCGCAAAUCUUUGCGCUCGUCUUCUACCAAUGGCUAUUCGAGAUUCCAACGGAUGCCUCGGAUGGUUUGCUCCGCUACACCACCGCAUUCAUCGAGGGUGCCAGCAACAUCUUCUGGAUUGAUCUAUUGGGCAACGUGACACGAUUUCAUUCUCUCUAUCACUACACAAUGGAGGCAGCUCUGUCGUCUGACCAACUCAAUAAGUUUCCCCUACAAAGUCGAAGGGAGCUCGCGUUACUUUUGGCAAGGUUUUUCUUCUUCUACGAGCCAGCCGAUGGACUGGAUGAUUUUUUAAGCAGGUUUCCUCUUGUGCCUGGGUACAAUGGAGCGGCGGCCGACGUGUUUGUCAUAGAGCUGACGGACCAGCUGCAGAAGGUGAAGGUUGAACCGGUGCUACUUCACUACCUGUGGAGCGCAAAGGCACUCAAAGGGAAGGAGCUUAGAGUGACAACAAGUACACGUCUUAAAACAGCGCUCUUCAGUUUUACUUCACCCGGUGGGCCGAUGUAUCCCACAAGACCCGUGAGGCACGCUGCCUGGGAUACACUAGACUGCCUGUUCCCGGUGGGCAGGCAGCCGAGGCUUGUCAUCAGUUUGCUCUUUCGCUUGCUCCAUCCAUACUACUGGCCGGGCUCGUUUUGGAAUUUCAUCGUCACGGUGAUCACAUAUAUAGUCACGUUAAUCACCGAUACGAUCUGUGACGCGAUUGAAGGCAUGCUCGCGGUAUUUCUGCGCAUCUGGUAUAGAAUAGUGCCAGGCGGUAUUGACAAUAACGAUGAUCACGAAACAUAGGUAAUGCAAGCUUUUAGUGAUUGGUGUG